AUGCCACCAAAACACGACCUUGUGCGUACCUCUUGUGUCCGUGCGAGCUACCCCAACAUUUGCCUACGAACACUCUCCUCCUACUCGGGCCCAGUCAACACCCCGCGUGACCUUGCUCAGGCGGCCGUGAAAGUCAGCCUCUCUCGAGCUCGUAAGGCCUCCGUUUUCCUGUCCCAGCUGAAGAGCCACAGCAAGAGGGAAGAGGGAGUCUUAAAUGACUGCGUUGAGCAAAUGGGGGACUCUGUGGAUGAGCUGAGCGAGACUCUGGAGGAGCUCCACAACCUACACGGCGGAGACUUCCAGUGGCGAAUGAGCAACGCACAAACAUGGGUUAGCGCCGCCUUGACGAAUGAAGACACUUGCCUUGAUGGAUUCAAGGAGAUUGACGGCAAUAUCAGAUCAGAUGUGAAGAAGAAGGUUACUAAUUUGGCUAGAAUUACCAGUAAUGCACUAUAUCUUAUCAAUCUUCUUGAUGAAUCUGGUGGGAAAAGAACUGUUCAAACUUAG